UCCGGAAGAAGAAGCGACUCGCCGCCAUGGUGACAAACUCGCGGGCGGAGACCGACGUAGCAAGCGACACGGAGGGGGAAGAGUUAUUGCUGGGUGUCAAGGAAGCAGCGGAACUGUUGGUGAAGGGAGGCGGUGGCAUCCAUCUCUAGAGAAAGAAGAUGGCGGAGGUGGAGGCAAAGAGGGUUGGGGGCAUCCAUCUCUCGAACCCUAGGACGGCCACUCUAGGCCGCGCGUCGAGCCGCGUCUGGUCGCACCAGGCGAGUGGGCUGAAGAGAUGGGAAGAGGGCUGGUCUGUCAGCCGCAUGUUGAGACGUCUGUCGCCGGAAAGAGAAGAAGCAACGGGUCGGGUUGCAUCGCCAGAGCUGGAGAAGAACGAAUCAUGGGCAAUGGUGGGCGGCGGGACAAUGAAGAAGACAACGACGUCGACGUCGCAGGUCCGAGCAGCAGUGACGGAGAGAAGGGAAGAGGAAGCGGUCACUACGCCGCGGGUGGAAGGUCUCCUAUCGGUGGCGCCGGUGAUGGAAGACGCGACGAUGGAAGAGAAGAAGCAGAAGGGCAGCGGGGAUGUCUCUGCUACUGCAUACCCUAGGUCGCACAACCUAGCGGUCGAAGUCGAUGGGCCGAGCUACGGAUUGGGUUGUCGGAACUGUUGGACCGAGAAGUUUGGGACGAGUUGUGUGGACCAAACUAUUGGGCCAGAGUUGGGAAAGAUGGACCGCAGUUGUGAACUAGCAAGGAAGGAGAUUGCGUGGUUUGCUCAGUCAGAACGGGCCGAGGAAAAAGUAGCCUACGGGCCGUAGCAUAUAAGAGAUUGGGCUGAGGCAGAAGCAGAUCUCCAACCUAAUAAUAGAGCAAAGUGGUUUAAUCAAAGAUUAGAUUCUGG